CUGCGAUUCAUGUGAUCUAUGCAGGGAAGAGAGCUGGAAGGUUUGAAUGGAGAAGUGCUAUGGCGCAGGAUUUAAAUGGCAAAAGAGUGCAGUGUGUAGUACUACAGGGGGAAGGUUUUGCUUAAGGGAGAAAAUUUACAGAAAAAAACACUGAACAUCAGCCAUUGAGACAUCUUUCUCAAUAAUGGCCUCAUCCCUCCACAAACACUUGCUUUCAGCAGCUAGAUACCACCUUAAGGAGACAAAGAGAAUGUCAAUGAUGGUUGCUCUUAAUCUUGCUGCUGAAAUUCUGGCCGUGGACUGCGGCCUGAAGCCUUGCUUUCUUUAUGACUAUACCACAUCAGGAGUGCAGCAGAUCUGUAGUUACCUCAAGGAACUUCAGAAUCUAGGCUUAAUUGUGGGCCAUCUGCAUAUACUCAAUAUUGAAGAAACUAUCCUUAUCAUUAAUGUAACAAAGGCAGUGUCUUACUUAGAAACAUUGCUGCACAGCCAAGAUUUACAUCUAAUUGAUGUUUCUAAUUAUCUCAGUCAGCCAGAGUUGGUCAGCUCAAAUCAAGUCCCUCAGAUACAUGCUCAACUUGCUGAGUUACUUGGUCAUAUAAAACCUUACCAGAGCGGGCAGCCAGCCUCAGUAUCUGUAGGGGGUAUCCAGUCGCCAGAGUGGAAUCUUUGCACCAUGUUUGGUUUUCUUCUUCAGUUUCCUUCAACUUAUUGGUUUGACACACAAAAAGGCUUUGAAAACUGCUUGUCAUUUACACCCUUGAGGCUCUUCACUGUUCAAGCCAACUGUUCAAGAAUAGGCCACCAGAGUGUACAAAUAUAUUCCUUUACUGUUCCUGAGUGUGUUUACCAAGCCACGCAAGUGCAUUUGGAGGACUGGAGCAAAAGUCUAAAACAGGCAUUUAAUGAACAAAUUUAUUUCACAGACCUUGAAAUAAUUACAAAUACCGCACAAGUAUGCUGCGUAUAUUGACACAGCCGAUUGUUGGAAUCCUGCAGCUACAGUCACAGUGAGGAUCACAUUUUCAGAAACAAAUUGCGCUAUAAUCUGAUCACAGAAAGUACUGAUCUCAUUAAAUCAAAUAUAGUGUUUUUUUAUAAUAAUUUGCUACUUUUGGAUUUACAGUCUACCAACCUUAGUAUUCUCAAGAUUUUUUUCUGCAGAGAAUUUGUCUUCUGUUAAUUUCUGGAGAGACUCUUUGGCCUUUUCUUCAUACCUCUGCUUCUCUUCCUCCAUCUCUAACAAGACUUUUUUCACACUUGUCUUUGGAAAAUUCUGUAAAACAUACACUUUUGUUAUGCUGUAUGUAUAUAAUGGUAAAACGAAUGAACUUGUGUGUCUCUUCUAAAACAUGAAAAGUUCAAUGGAUACUGUCAUCUAGUUGCAAAACACUGUAGUGAUGAUUCCUUAAAGUGGACCUGUCACCCAGACAUGAAAAUCUGUAUAAUAAAAGUCCUGUUCAAAUUAAA